UUGACCAAAAUCGGAUUUACGACAGUUCCACAAACAUACAGCCGUCUCCCUUUACGGCAGAGGGUGUCGCCCGCUAAGAAGAACCAGGCAGCUGUCAGAAGGCAAUGCACAUUGGUGCAGACACACAGCUCGGUGGAUCCUUCAAAGCUUUAGCUGUGACGGCGCUCCUGAGUGUGUUUAUGUUCCCGCUGCUGAGGACUGUUGGACUGAGGGCGUUUUCCAUGGCAUCUGAGACGUACGUGUCGGGCACACACUCUGCCGCCUUCGUCACUUGUCCAAACGACACAGUGGCUAAAACCUUGGCCAGGGGUAUUGUGGAAAACAAGCUAGCUGCUUGCGUCAACAUUGUUCCAGCAAUCACAUCUGUAUAUGAAUGGCAGGGUAAGAUUGAAGAGGACAAUGAAGUGCUUCUGAUGAUUAAAACAAGAAGUUCCAAAGUGCCUGCUCUUGCUGAAUAUGUCCGCUCCAACCAUCCUUACGAGGUGGCCGAGGUGAUCAGCCUGCCUAUUGACCAGGGCAACCCGCCCUACCUCAAGUGGAUGGGAGGAGUAGUCCCCGAGUAGGGACGAGUAACGCUUCCUGUUUCCCUCAAAGCCACGUCAAGACACUAUCUCCACCUGUAAUGAUAUUACCAAAGACAAAGAGCCCGACGUGUGACCAAGAAACACUUUGUGAAAUGAUUCCUCAUGUGAGCCGUGUGUUUACCUGUAGAGGGCGGCCUCGCUCUGUCACGUGCAGAAUAACCUUCUCUGAACCGGCCAGAACAUGUUCUAACAUCAUCAGCUAGAACAUGUUCUAACAUCAUCAGCUAGAACAUGUUCUAACAUCAUCAGCUAGAACAUGUUCUAACAUCAUCAGCUAGAACAUGUUCUAACAUCAUCA